AUGCCUCCCAGGCGGAGUGCUCGCCGAGAGGACCCAACCUACAGUCCUUCAGGACGAAGAUACUCUCUCGACCCUGAGUCUCCCGUCAGGCGAUCAGGUCGACUCGGAUCUGAAGGUUUCACGCCAGUCAAAGAAUUUCCCCUGCGCGCCACGACGCCCGACGCCCGCCAGCUCCAUGAUACACUACGCGCUGCCUCUGAAAGCCCUACCAAAGGAAGGCCCGGCAGCAGGCUAGGCGAUUCUACCCGUUCUUCCGCAACACCCUCCCCUCCGAUUCAACAUACCAUUUCAACAACGUCUACACCAAAUGCGCCCAGUCUCAAUCCAGCUAUUGCCAUAACAGACAGCAGUCCGCUGGAACAAACCGUUCGAGGAUUUUCCUUUUGGCGAUACCCUCAGCUUUCGAAUAUUGUAGGACUUGGAAACCGCAACCGCGGCUCUUCAUCAGUCUUGAGCACUCCGCGGCGUGAGGAUACGUUUGACAACGAGUCUGUCAUUUCCUGGCGGCUAGAACGCGAACUGCACCGGGAUGACAUACAGCGAAAAGAAGGAGAAGAGUUCGAUACAGAAGAACUUGAGGUAGAGGAAGAGUUUGAUGCAGAAACCAGCCAAGGCCAGACCAUCAGAGCGCCCCCUCGACGGUUAUCCGGACUCACAUGGGCAAACGAUACGAACGACACGACCAAUACGACAGAUACGUCAGACGGCCCAGAGUCGCCUGAAGUAAGAACGGCAGCUGCGAGGACGGUUAUAUCGGCCAAAGCCGAGCCUAAUGAGAGUGACGAGAGUCGCGAGAGUUCAGUGAAGCCCACCGCUAGAGUGGUUAUGUCCCCUCCUGUCGACAGGCCUCGUGCUCCUCCCAAGUUGACGGGAAAGAAAGAAAGCCGUGGACAAAACAUACCCUGGCUUCUAGUGGCCAUUGCAAUUCUCAUACCGGUAGCUGCCGUUGCAGUGUACUUUUUCAGCGACAGAUUAACACCGCCGUCUAAUCCUUUUGCCCGUCGACCAGAGAGAUACACACCUCUGAACGAAACCGAAGGCAGAAUUAUCACCCAGCUGACCGGCGAGGUUGAUAAACUAGAAGUGCAGCUUUCGUCCAUGUCACGAGACGUGCACCGUCUGAGCUCCGAGCAAAGACGUGUGGUAGAGCAGAUAACGGCGGUGCAACCGGUGACGGAAACAAUAUCAAAAAUUAACUUUCUUUCUCUGGGACUUGGAGCGCGAGUGGAUCCAUUACUUACGAGUCCAAGUAUCGGGGUUAGAAGAACGUUUAUGCGGCGUAUGUCCGAGAAAGCGUUCGGAUCGAAACUUCCUCGUCCAAACCCGCCAGAAGUCGCCUUGCAGCCGUGGGAAGAUAUUGCCGAUUGCUGGUGCGGCGCUCCAGGGAACAGUGGCCAAGCCCAGCUUGGAGUGCAGCUUGGCCAACGUGUGGUUCUUAACGAAGUCGUUGUUGAACACAUUCCGUUUGGCGCAUCGCCUCGACCCGACCUUGCUCCGAAAGAUAUGGAACUUUGGGCGCGGUUUAAGCCUUACUACGGUAACCCUGCUGCGGCGACCACAGCGAGUGAAACACCUAUAACGAGUACAAGUGGCAAGACGGGCUGGUUUGGACGAAUGAGCUCUUCACAGUCGCCAUCACCAUCAUCGUCGUCGUCACAGGCAUCCAGCACACCUCCUUCGCUUUCUUCAUUACUGGAGAUUAUCAUGACGACACUACAUAAUGCAUAUCCAUCUGAGCCUAAGUCGGCGUACUCUGAUGACCGCCUCCUCGGACCGUCAUUUUUCAGACUCGGGAAAUGGGAGUAUGACCAGACGGCCGAGUCUGUGCAGCAUUUUGCGCUGGACGCAGUGGUCGAUCUGCCGAUGCUGCGAGUUGACAAGGUGGUUAUUCGAGUGAAUUCAAACUGGGGGGCGAAUCAUACGUGGCCCGAAAUGCCCAAUCCGCCAAGACAGACACAAAUCAGCAGCAGCAAUGACAGCGACAAUGAAACAUCAAAACCAAGACAAAAGCAAAAGCAAAAGCAAAAGCGCACAAUAAGCCUCCCCGAAAACGGCAUAAUCAUCCUACACUCGACAAACCUACUCUCACGCGUGACGAGCCCACCGCUGGGCAUGAACGACGCAGUGGUUACACUGACCGAUACGCAUGUGACAUAUAUAAUGCACAUAUCAGAUUAUCGACGCGUCGACUCUGGGUUUGCGCAUUUGGAGGGUAUUAUUUUACAACAUUGUCAAAAUCCCGUUGAUCACAGCGGGAGGACAGCUGAGAAAAGUAAUAUCAUCACGGCGUUUACGAAUCGCGAGACGAUGAAAGAGCGCGUGGCUGAGCAAAUACGCAAGAGGCGAAAAGGGUCGUCGUCGUCGUCAUUGUUUUCGGAAUGUGCGCUGGUGCGCUGGAAGAGCCCAUUGGCUGAUGAUGGUGAUGAUGGUGCAGAGGCGGAUACAGAUGCGUGCGAGGGCCCCUGGCUGGAGAUUGAUUCCGAGGGCGAGGAGGUCUGUCGAGGCUGGCAGCAGGACAAGAGAGUGCAAGUGCAGUAUGUGCAGCAUAUGUCGGGGAAUGUGGUUGACGCGGUGGUUGUGGGUGUAGAGCAGAAAUAG